ACGCGUAAAUUGCGCAAUGGUAACCAUCUAUGAUUUUCCAUUUUAGCACUCCGUUGUCCAUGAGAACGCGUAGCGCAUUCAUUUCAUGCCGUGCUAUAGAAACAUGAAUUUUGAUUAGUCAAAAUUAAAAUUCAAUUAUUGGAGUAAAUAUAUUUUGUUUAGUGAACCAAAAACAUAAAACACAAAGUUUUCAUCCCAAUCCCAAAUUGGAAGGCACACUCUUCUUUACGCAAUUUGAGUGACUCUCAGCCGUUCGAUGGACUACGAUUUCCGAAGCCGGUCGGGCCCACAAGCUCCGAUGUACCGUCCUCCACCGUCGCCGAUGUACCGCCCGUCGCCGUAUCAGCAGAAUCCUUCUCCUCCUUCUUCAGGAUUUGGCGUUAGGGUUGCUAUAAAGCCAGAAUAUCGGAUCACACCGCCGCCUCAUUUAUCAUCACAUGCUGGAGAUAAUCCACGGAGCAACUUCCAAUUUGAUUUUGAAUUGGAGAGAAAAAUUUUGGCUGAAGCACAGAAGGAUAACCCAAAUUGGAGCAAAUUUGGAUCAGAAUAUAUGCCAACUAAAAGUUCUGAUACAUCAACGUCAAAGGUUACUGCUUUGGAUCCCAUUGUGAGCAAAUUUAUAGCUAUGGGGCUUAGCCGUGAAGCUGUUCCUAUUGCUGUUGACAAAUAUGGUGAUAAUCCAACCAAAAUUCAGGAGUUUGUCAAUGGUUACAACCUUCUGCGGGAAAUGGGAUUUUCAUCAAAUAGCGUUGCCGAAGCCCUGGUUACUAAUGACAAUCAUACGGACAAGGCACUAGCACAUUUACUUAAUGGCUCAUCGUGAGACUCCUCAAGUAAUAUGUUGGUGGCAUCUUGUAUUGAUCAAGGAAUGUGUUUGUUCCUUUUGUAUAAUGAUAAAUAAUAGUCAAACAUAGGUUGGAACACGGGCAAUCUGUUAUUGUCUAUUGUUUUACAUACAUAUACGUUGAAGAGUCGUGGGAUUGGGCGUUCACUGUUCUUAAGAGAUGACAAAUAGAGCAUGUUAAAAGAUUUCAUUUCAGAAAGGUCAUAUCUUUCCUGUUAAAAGAUGUUAUUAUGUUUCCUUUUGUCUAAGACCUUAACUUCCUAGCU